AUGGUGAACACGGGUGGCAAUCCUGAGGGACAGGUGGCAGAAGGUAAGCUGGCAAACUCCUCGACCACUGUCCAAGAUGGUGCCAAUGACCAGUCUAGUGGGCUGGAAAUACUUGAGGUUACACAAGGUGUUGAGACAAGAGCAGUCUCGGACCAAAAAGCAUGCGCAAAAGUUGGUGUGUUUGAUUAUGCAACCCGUUAUCCUGGAGCUACACCUCUAAAAAAGAUCUCUACUGAAGUAGUAGCAGAAGCACUGGUUACUAUUUAUAGUCGUGUUGGUAUACCUGAACAGGUUCUCACUGACCAAGGUCGUCAGUUUGUGGGUGAUAUUAUGCAAGAGAGGAAUUAUUUGGCUGAUGGUAAUUACCUGACCAAACUUGAUCUUACUAAAGGGUUCUGGCAAAUACCUUUGGCUACUGAGACAAAAGCCAAAACUGCUUUUCUUACCCCACUGGGUCUUUUCCAAUAUCGUUUCCUUCCAUUUGGACUUGUAAAUAGUCCCAGUACAUUCAAUCGCACUAUGCGAACAGUUCUGAUGGAUUACGAGUUUUGGAAAGAAAAAGCAGCGCGUGAUUUGCAAAGAGCUCGAGGAAUGAAAAUUAAGAACAAAGUAGCAAAGAAUAUUAUCAUGUUCCUGGGAGAUGGUAACAGUAUCAGUACUAUUACAGCCACUAGAAUCUACAAAGGACAACUACAAGAGGGGGCAAGUGGAGAAGAGUAUGAACUAUUUUACGAAAGGUUUCCCAAUAUAGGAUUGGCAAAGACAUACUGCGCAGAUCGUCAAGUUCCCGAUUCAGCAGCCUCUGGUACCGCGUAUCUAUGCGGGGUGAAAACAAAAUAUAAUACCAUAGGUAUGGACGAUAGAGUUGAGUUUGGUAACUGCACGCAAGAUAAUCCAUACGAAUAUGCAGUGGAUUCCAUACUCAAAAUAGCAGAGGAUGCAGGUAAAGCUACAGGUAUUGUGACUACAACCAGGAUAACUCACGCCACGCCGGCUUGCACGUAUGCUCAUGCUGCUAGUCGGUACUGGGAAGGUGACGAUAACAUGCCACAGGAAGAAAAAGACAAAGGUUGUAAAGACAUCGCUUGGCAAUUGGUUAACGAACUGCCUGGUAGAAACAUGCGGGUUGUGUUGGGCGGUGGUCGCCAAGAUUUCCUACCUAACUUCACCCCUGACCCCGAAGACGAAGGCAAAUAUGGUCAACGGCUGGACGGGGAAAAUCUGAUCGAAACGUGGUUGGCAUCAAAACCUGUCUAUUCUGAAUCAUUCUUCGUCUGGAACAAAACUGCCUUUGAUGACGUCAAUCCAGAAAGCGCAGAUUAUCUUCUAGGAUUGUUUGAGCGAAGUCAUAUGAACUACGAAGCAAACCGACCCAGUGACACUGCGGGAGAGCCGUCUCUUGCCGACAUGACAGAAAAGGCCAUUAGAAUGUUGGAGAAACACAAAAAUGGAUAUUUUUUGCUGGUUGAAGGCGGUCGCAUGGACCAUAGUCACCAUGACGGGAUAGGGUACCAUGCAUUGGUAGAUGGCGUUGCCUUUGAAGAAGCUAUCGAGAGAGCCAGUGACAUCACUGAUGACGAUGACACGCUCACAGUCGUAACAGCUGACCAUAGUUUUGCAUUUGACAUUCUUGGAUACGCAAGUAGAGGCAACCCAAUUUUGGGUGUGAAUGAUAUCGACGUUGACCAAAAUGGUCAAACUUUCACAACUCUUCAUUAUCCUGACGGUCCAGGUUCUCAUUACACAAUGGAAGCCAUCGCAGACACAGGAUUACGACCAGUCAUUACCAAUCCAGAGGAUAGCGACUACUUGCAGCAAGCGCUGAUCGCUAAUAAAUGGGCCAGCCAUGAUGGUGAAGAUGUUAUGAUCUAUGCCAAAGGUCCCAUGGCUCAUCUUUUCCAUAGUACGCAUGAGCAGACCUACAUCAUGCAUGCCAUGCAGUACGCAGCAUGUAUCGGUUAUGACAGCACCGAUGAGUGUAGAUCCAAGAACGAACCUUAA